CUGCUGCGACUUCCAAUGGAAUUUUCCACACACAAAAUCAUACUGAUAACGACUAAAGCGGCCCCGACCCCAAGGCGAGCCACUUCUUCUGGGACGACGUGCGUGAUCCGGUGAUGCAGGUUCCCGGGGAUGUGCUGCUGGUGUUUGACUGCACCGCGCAGCCCGGGGUGCCAGCCGAGAUGCGGGUCGAGGCGGGGUUGGCGCCGUCGUCAACGUCGGCCAAGCAGUUGCUCGGUGUUUGCGUACCGUGGGAAGGCUCCAGCUCGUGCCGCGAGGGCGGCGACAGGGCUGACAUGACGCAGGCGUUGUGCAGAACGCUGGAGCAGACGUGGGAUGGUGACGUGCCCGUUUUGUCGGUGCAGUGGCUGUGCUCGCUCAUGAAAUGGGGCCUACGCGGCACGGCGCUGGCGUCGAGGGUGUUUGUCAGCCAGCUGGGGGGCGGGCAGCUGCUGGAUAUCCAUCUCCCGCGGCUUGCCGUCGCCGCCUGGACGAGGACCAACAGGCAGAGUUUGAAACUCUAUUCAGGGGAUGCCCGUGAGUAACCUACGGAGCUAGCGGGAACGAGUUAGAUGCAUCCGAAGGCGAGUUUGGCUGUGUU